UGUCAUCGAAAUUUUCAUUCAACCUCUUUUUUCGUUUUUUUGUUUCAUAUUCUUUGUGUCAUACACAUCACAACCAAAUACAACAAAAAAAAUUUGGUUCAAUGUCAAAUUUAUGGUUUUUUCGUUUACGAAGUGGUUCAAAUCCUCCACCAAAUCAAAUGGAUAGACGACGUUCGUCAUCCGAACGUGUACCAAUAUCAUCAUCAUCAACAAAUAAUAAUAAUUCUAAUGAUAAUAAUAAUAAAGCUCAAAAACAAGUGAUUGUAGAUUUAGAUCAUAAUUUUAGACCAUUUAGUAAAACAAUACCAUCAGAUAGAAUAAGUGGUGGUGGUGGUGGUGGUGAUGGUAAUCAAACAACAACAAUGUCCCGUAUACAAUCAGCUAGAUCAUCAACAGCAUCAUAUUGUGGUGUACAAUAUGGUACUACCGGUGGUGCUGGUAUUGGUACAUUUCAUAUUUAUGGUGAUGUACCACCAUUACAUAGACGAUCAUUUUUAUCAAGUAAUCCACAAGCAUCUGAUUCAUUGGAUAAUGUUGCACAGCUUAUACCAAGGAUUCGUGUGGAAUUUUAUGAAAAUGAAAAUACGUUUAAAGAAAAAUUACAUGUAUUUUUUAUCAAAAAUCAACGUACAAGUCUUCAAAUACGUAUCAUUAAAACUGUAUUGAAAUUAUUGACAUGUUUAUUCUACAUUGUACGAGUGAUAUUUGAUGCUGGACCAUUGUUAGCAAAAUGCCAUGAUUGUCCAUUACCGGAUCUAACUAAUCAAACAUCACCAAAUUAUAAUUCAAUGUAUGAUUGUCGUAUGUAUGAUAAUCGUUGGCUUCCAGUCAAUGUUUCUGCUCAGAUGGCACCAUUAAAUUGGCGUGCUAUUAUUUGGGUCGAUAGAUCAUUUGUGAUUUGGUUUUUACAGUCAAUUAUAUCGAUUCUGUGCUUUACAGAGGCCUUAUUAUUAGCUUAUCUAAGCAACAAAGGAAAUUGUUUACAAACAAUUUUUACAUUUCAAUUUAUUGUCGAAAUUAUUACAAAUAUUCCUUAUAUUGUAUCGUUUUUCUAUUCACCUUUACGUAAUCUUUUUGUACCAUCAUUUUUAAAUUGUUGGCUGGCUAAAUAUACGUUGGAAAAUAUGUUUAAUGAUUUAAAUCGUGCAAUGCAACGAUCACAAUCAGCACUUUCACAACGUUUAAUGAUUCUUUCGGCAACAUUAUUAUGUCUUAUAUUUACAAGUCUUUGUGGAUUUCAACAUUUUCAACGUGCCGGUGGCCGUAAUGUUGAUCUAUUUGAAAGCCUUUAUUUUGUUGUUGUAACAUUUGCAACCGUUGGUUAUGGUGAUUAUAAACCAGAUCGUUGGCCAUCACAGCUGUUUAUGGUUAUUAUGAUUAUUGUUGCCUUGAUUGUAUUGCCUACACAAUUUGAACAAUUAGCCUAUACAUGGAUGGAACGACAAAAACUUGGUGGUAGUUAUAGUACACAUCGUGCACAAACCGAAAAACAUGUUGUAGUUUGUUCAACAACACUUGGUUCAGAUACUGUGAUGGAUUUUCUAAAUGAAUUUUAUGCUCAUCCUUUGUUACAGGAUUUCUAUGUUGUACUAUUAUCACCAUGUGAAGUUGAUACAACAAUGAAAAUGAUAUUACAGAUGCCAAUUUGGGUACAACGUGUUAUUUAUCUACAAGGUUCAGCAUUAAAAGAUACUGAUUUAACACGAGCAAGAAUGAAUGCAGCUGAAGCUUGUUUUAUAUUGGCUGCACGUAAUUAUAAUGAUCGUUCGGCUGCUGAUCAACAUACAAUACUUCGAUCAUGGGCAGUAAGAGAUUUUGCUCCAAAUGUUCCACAAUAUAUACAGAUAUUUCGUCCGGAAAAUAAAAUUCAUGUUGCAUUUGCCGAACAUGUUGUAUGUGAAGAUGAAUUUAAAUAUGCAUUAUUGGCAAAUAAUUGUCUUUGUCCGGGUACAUCAACAUUGGUUACAUUAUUAUUACAUACAUCACGUGGACAAGAAGGACAAACAUCAGAUGAAGAAUGGCAUCGUUUAUAUGGAAAAUGUUCCGGUAAUGAAAUAUAUCAUAUUAGACUUGGUGAUAGCCGUUUUUUUGGUGAAUAUGAAGGAAAAAGUUUUACCUAUGCUUCAUUUCAUUCACAUAGAAAAUAUGGUGUUGCAUUGAUUGGCAUACAAACUGAUAUGCAUGGUACAUGGCCAAUAAUGUUAAAUCCAGGACCAUCAUAUGUAUUAAAACAUUCGGAUGUUUGUUUCUAUAUGAAUAUUGCAAAAGAAGAAAAUUCAACAUUUGUACCAACAACAACAACAUCAUCAUCGAUUAGUGCAACACAUUUAACAAUAUCUGGUAGUCAAAUAAUAUCAAAUAAUAACGGGGCUACAACAACAACAACAACAACAACAACAAAAUCAUCAUCAACAACAACAACAACAACAACAACAACAAUCGCAACAACAACAACUUCAUCAUUAUCAAUACCACAAUCAUCAUCUGGAUUGAUAAAAUUGAAAAAAAACGAACGUAAUGAAAAUAAUCGAUCAGAAAUGCAUCUAUUAUCAACUGAUUAUAAUAAUAAUAAUAAUAAUGGAAAAGAUAAUCUUAGUACAAGCAGUGGAAAUCCAUUUUCAUUUAGUAAUUUGCGAAGAAAAUCAUCAAGUUUAUUUUUAUCUGAUUUAGCAUUAGGUAAACGUCGUGAUUCAUCACCAACACGUUUAAAACGUGCUGUUGCUGAAUUUGCAACCAAAAUGAAACGUGUUACAACUGGUAAACAUUUAGGUCAUUUAGAAGUACCGAAAAUUGAAUUUGGUUCACCAGCAACUAAAACAAUGAAUGAUGUUGUUGCUGCACGUGGCCGUCGACCAAGCAUUGCACCAGUACCAGCAAUGUUAGGUGAUAAUAGUAGUAGUAGUGAUGAUGAUGAUGAUGAUAAUGAUGAUGAUGAUGAUAGUUCAACCGAAUCAAGUAAUCAAAAUGAUGAUAAUGGUGAGGGUGAGGGUGAUGGUCAACAACAACAACAACAGGAAACAACAAUCGAAUCAAAAACGAAUGAUGGUCAAUCAAAAGAUUUGACAACAACAACAGCAGCAACAAAUAAACAAUUUGAUCGUCAUUCAGAAAAUCAAUGGACAUUUCCAGCAGAAAAUUCUGUGAUCAUCAAAGGAUUUCCACCAGUAUCACCAUAUGUAGGUGUAUCACCAACGCUUUGUUAUUUGCUCAAAGAGAAAAAACCAUCAUGCUGUCUUCAAAUAUCAAUGCCAUGUGAACAUUGUCCAUAUUUUCAUUCACGUGAUUAUGAUUGGCAAGGUAUAAAAUGUAUAAUAUUAGCAGCAGAUUAUGCAAGUUAUGGUAUUUAUAAUUUUAUAAUACCAUUACGUGCACAUUUUCAUCAAUCAACAAGUUUACGGCCAAUUAUAUUACUGUUGGAAAAAACACCAAGUUUAGCAUUUAUUGAUGCAAUUUCAUGGUUUCCAUUAGUUUAUUGGAUGAAAGGAUGUAUUGAUAAUCUUGAUGAUCUAAUUAGAGCCGGUAUUAAUCUAUCCGAUUCGGUUGUUGUUGUAAAUAAAGAAACAACAAAUUCAGCUGAAGAAGAUUAUCUUUCCGAUUGUAAUACAAUUGUUGCCGUACAAACAAUGUUUAAAAUGUUUCCAUCCGUACGAAUUAUAACCGAAUUAUCACAAUCAAGUAAUAUGCGUUUUAUGCAAUUUCGUGCACAUGAUAUUUAUGCAUUAUCAUUAUCUAAAAUGGAAAAGCAUGAACGUGAACGUGGAUCACAUAUAUCAUAUAUGUUUCGUUUACCAUUUGCGGCUGGUAAUGUAUUCAGUGCAUCAAUGUUGGAUACAUUACUUUAUCAGGCAUUUGUUAAAGAUUAUAUGAUUACAAUUAUACGUUUAUUAUUGGGUAUUGAUCAAGCACCUGGUUCUGGUUUUCUAUCUUCGAUGCGUAUUACUAAAGAUGAUCUUUGGAUACGUACUUAUGGUCGUCUUUAUCAACGUCUUUGUUCAACUACAUGUGAAAUUCCUAUCGGUAUUUAUCGUACACAAAGUACACAUUCAAAUGAUAUUGGAACGGUAAUUAUAUUUUUUUUUUGUUGAGAUAACUAACUAUUCACUAAUCAAUUUUUCAUACAGGGUAUACAGAUUUCAUUUGAUUUUAUGUUACCAUUAACCGAACAGAUGAAUUAUCAGGCACUUACAUAUGAAGUUGAACGUCAAGAAAUAUCAAAUUUAGUACGGAAUCGUCUUCAAGAUCUUGGAAUUCCAUCCAAUGAUUAUGAUAAUUGUUCGGAAAAACGAACCGAACUAUCCUAUGUUAUAAUCAAUCCAAAUUGUGAUCUUAAACUUGAAGAAGGUGAUAUCAUUUUCAUAAUCAAACCAAGCCCGGUGAAUAGUAAAAAAAUGUUUCUAAAUCGUGCAAGUUCAUUACGAUCAAAAUCACCGUUACGAAAAAAAAGAAAAAAGAAACAUUCUAAUGAUAAUGAUGAUGGUAAUGGUAAUUGUCAUUUAACCAAUAUUAAUCAUAAUAGUGGCGUUAGUGGUGGUGGUGGUCUUCGUGUAAGUGCAGUGGAUGGUAUCAGUAUGCUUAGUAUUGUUGAUUCAACCAGACAAUUAUCAUCAGUGAAUGGUAAAGGUGAUUUAACAACCAAAUCCAUAUCAUCCGUAUCAAAAUCAUCAUCAACAUCGACAUCCACAUCAUCAUCUGCAUCAUCAAAUUCAUCAAGAGCAUCAUUACAUGUUGAUGAUAAUAUUGAACAACAUAUUUGUAGAAAUAAUCGUCGAAAAGCACCAUAUUUAAAUAAAUUAAAAGGAAAGAAUAAUUUUUUUUCAAUCGAUAAUAGUAAUAUUAAUAAUAAUAAUAAUGAUCAUCGUCGUCAUCGUCGUCAUAUUUGUAUUGAUUCACCAAGUGAAGAAGAAUUAUCAACAAAAUUAUCAACAAAUACUAAUGUUACAAUAACUGGUCCAACACAAACAACAGCCGCAUCAACAUCUGCGUCCGUAUCCGCAUCAUCAGCGACGACUAAUCAUAAUAAUGAUGAUAAUAAUCAAACAUUUAAUGGUACUAUUGUUUAG